AUGCUUAUUCAAGGAAAUCUGGUGACAGUUGGUAACAUUUGCACUUGUUUGUUUAUUUUUAAAGCUCCUUCUGCUGCUCCUGGGAACUUUCGAGUCACUUCCAAUUCUUCUCUCGCCUUGGACAUAACUUGGGAUGCCAUUCCUGCAGAAAAACAAAAUGGGAAGCUGCUAGGUUAUCGUAUUUACUACAAGGUAAAUGGAUCUACAGUAGAGUAUAACAAAACUGUUGGACCAGACAAGCUGGUAUAUCAACUAACAGGACUUGAGUUUACAACCUAUGUUGUUCGAAUGGCUGGGUACACCGCUGUUGGUGUUGGUUUGUCGACUGGAUCUGUGGGGAAACAACCAAAAGGAGGCGUAUUGGGUUAUGCGGUUUUAUACAAAGAAAAAGGCCAACAAAACAGUUUCAGGUUGAACACAACAUCGACAGACACCAUAAUUAGGCGCUUGAAACCAUAUACGGAAUACUGCAUCCAAGUUCAAGGGUUCACAAAAGCUGGGGAGUCACCAUUCAGCCCCUGCUUUGAUGUCAGGACAUUGGAUAAAGGUCCAAGCCAACCACUCAAUGUUCAAGUUCAAGCCGUUUCUUCCGUUGCAAUCCUUGUAAAGUGGGAUGCACCAGCUCACCCUAAUGGAGAAAUAAAAGAGUAUAUAAUAUUUUAUGGAACCAGGAAGGAUGUGCAGAAAAAUGAGCGAAAAGUAACUGGAAACACGCGGGAACGUACUAUAGAUGGCUUGCGCAAAUAUACCACUUACUAUGUGAAAGUCAGGGGUAGUACCUCGAAACCUGGAAAUGCUUCUGAAAUAUUCAGUGUUACAACUUUCGAAGAUAUCCCAAGUCAGCCUCAAGAUGUCUUUGCGAAACUUGACAAAUGUGGAACUUUUAUUACUGUUUCAUGGAAGGAUCCAAAAGACCACAAUGGAAUUAUCAUCAUGUACACGGUAUACUUCGAGGGUAAAAGAGCAUAUGACCCUUCCUUUACAGAUAACCACCAAAUUGUAUUAAGAAACAGCUCUCGGAGCACUGAAAUUGGAGUAGAGAAGUUGUGGCCUGGUACAGAAUAUAGUAUUUAUGUGAAAGCAAGUACAGUCAAAGGAUAUGGAGCCGAAAGUGGUCGUGUGGAGCAGAAAACACUAUCACAACGUAUGCGAACAUUCUUUGUUCAUUUGUGUGAAUAUGUUGGAACUUAA